UCGUUGUGCACGUCCAGGUAUAAAUAGAGGCACCAACCUGGUGAUGGGCAUCAGUUGUUAACACUACUGCACCAUGAACACUAAGAUAAUUCUCCUGCUGGCUAUGGUGGCUGUGGCUGCCGCAGACAAACGUCCUAUAUACCAUGACGACCAUGACAACCAUGACGAUCAUGACAACCAUGGCGACUAUCAUGAUAAUCAUCACUCUUACGAGCAUGGACACCCUAAGUAUGAGUUCAAGUAUAAAGUAAAAGACGAUUAUUAUAACGACUUCGGGCACCAGGAAAGCCGUGAUGGUGACAAAACCCAGGGGUCGUACUACGUGCAGCUUCCCGACGGUCGUCUCCAGACUGUGACUUAUUACGUGGACGGUUACUCAGGCUAUGUGGCUGAUGUCAAGUACGAGGGUGAAGCUCAUUACGACUCUCAUGAGUAUGGCAAGUACGACCAUACGCCCAAGUAUUCCCCUUCCUACGAGUAAGUCGAUGAAGACAGUAGAGCUUUUGUGCCCAACACCCAGGAGGUCACACCGCUAUCGCCAUCCCAUGUAAUGUAGCGACGCUAGACCCUGAGCUCAAUAGUUAUCAAUUAAUGGUUAUAAUUUUCGAAAUAAUAUCGACCUGUGAUUCGUGUUGUAAUGUCUACAUUAUUCCUGAUUUUCCUUCUUCUUCCUCUUAGUUAGUUUAGGUUACUGCUCCUCUGUUACCAGCCUCUGUGUUCAUUAUUUUCUUACUUAUUUGUUGAAUGUAAAUAGUUUGUAUGUUCUGUUAUGUUGUUAAAUUAAAAUAAUUAAAAAUAAA